CCUAAGAUAAUUAAAAAAAAUACUUUUACAGGGUAACACAAGAUGAAAUAAAUAGCUAUCUCCCGGAUUGUUUGACAGCUGAUAACAUAAAGAUCGAAAUGAUAAUUGUUAUCACACCACACUUUAGUUUAACUAUAAAUUGAAAACAAUAUGGGGGCUUUCCAGAGGAAUCCUGGCUGUGAACUAGAUUUGGACUUGGUAAACAAUGUCCAUGUCAAUUUAACCUGUGUGAACAAUCAAGCAAAGCAACUAGCCGAACUAAGACCCAUGAAAGGUGACUAUAGAGCUGCCUGGAUCCUUAAAGCAGUAACUUUUAUUGAUUUAACUACUUUAGCUGGUGAUGAUACUAACAGCAAUGUAUCAAGGUUAUGUCUAAAGGCAGCUAGGCCAAUAGCUGAAGACCUCCUGGAAAAACUAGGAUUCAACUAUGAGGAUCCAGAUUGCCCUAUAAGGACUGCUGCUGUAUGUGUCUAUCCUUCUAAAGUCAAAGAUGCAACUGACACAUUAAAGCAGAUUGGGUUUUAUGAUAAGAUUAAUGUGGCUUCAGUUGCAACAGGUUUUCCUUCUGGACAGUUCCCACUGAAAACCAGACUAGAAGAAAUCAGAUAUGCAGUCGAAAUGGGGGCAAAAGAGAUAGACAUUGUGAUUGAUAGGGCUUUAGCAAUAACUGGCCGAUGGAAAGAGUUGUUCAUGGAAAUUAAACAAAUGAGGAAAGCUUGUGGCUCGGCUCAUUUAAAGGCUAUUUUGGCCACUGGUGAGCUUGGAACUUUGGAAAAUGUAUACAAAGCAUCCUUGGUCGCAAUGAUGGCAGGCUCAGAUUUUAUUAAAACCUCUACUGGUAAAGAGACUGUCAAUGCCACUUUACCUUUUGGUAUUGUUAUGGCUAGAGCUAUCAAAGAGUACCAUGAAAAAACUGGCUAUAAGGUUGGACUUAAACCAGCAGGUGGUGUUAAGACAGCAAAAGAUGCUAUUAAUUGGUUAGUCUUAAUAAAAGAAUUAUUGGGAGAUGAUUGGCUCAAUCCUGAACUGUUUAGGUUUGGAGCAUCAGGACUUUUAACUGAUUUGGAAUUUAAUUUGUUUCAAUAUGUUACUGGUAGAAGUCCUGUCAGUUGGGAGUUUAGUGGAUAAACAUUUUUAGGUAACAAGAAUUAAAUAGGUGCUGUAAAUAAUGUAUAAAAAGAAAUAUUUUGAUAAUGCUAUAUUUUUGCUAUAAUUUUUAUAUUAAAUUAAUAAAUUAGGCAAGUUAUUAAGGGAAUUAAUGAAGUGAGGUCAAAAUUAAGUAUAAACUUUAAAUGUGCCUGAUACUUUUUAAAAACAAUGUUUAUAAUAUUUACGAUGUUUAUUAAAUACUUUUCAUGAUUA